AGGUUGGGAACAAGAUGGCGGCGGGACCUCUAUUGUCGUCACUGUAUAUAAAGGUUUAUUUAGCCACUGUACUAUUGACGGCCAUUUGCACCGUUGUAGCUUAAGGGAUAUUUAUUCCAAGUAGAGCUUUGAAUGUGACUCUUGUAGAAACAAAAGUCACAAUCAAAGCUCCACUUAGAUUAAAUAUGCCUAAGUAAUCGCCAUGCAAAUGGUCAUGAGAAACCGGCCAUUAGAGAAACAGUUUCAGUUUACAAAUCACGUGUCUGUCAAAAAAAAAAUUAGCUGGAUAUUUCGGAAACAGGACAGUUGUGGUGCACUUCCAGUAUCAAUAAGUUUGUUCUUGGAGGAACAAUUGAUAAAUAAAUGAUUAAAAACAAAACAUAUCCAGAAGCAUUUGAAGAUAAUAUACUGGAGGCUAUUUUUGGAUACUAUUAUUGUAAAGAUUGUGCAAGAAAAAUCAUGUCAGUGCCGCAAGCAGCUUUCGCAGCCAAAAAGGUGAGAAAAAACCUGGAAAAACACGAUCCAGAACCCAAGUCCGAGACCCGCUACAACGGCAAAUACAUGAACAGCAUUUGGGGCAUGUACAAUCGCUUUUCGGUGCACAAUUUGAAGAAAAUCAUGGACAAUAAUAAUAAUCAGCCGCAGAUAAACUCUGCACCGAGAUUAGUCGGUAGUUCUCAUUUAUCAGUAUCCGUUGAAAGACUGACCUAUUUGCCAUUGUGAUAAGAUUUUCUAUUAAUAAAAAUUAUAUACUAUAGGUAUUUGUUGUUGUAUUUAGUGUAUUUUUACCUAUGGAAUUCGACAUAAAUAUUUUCCCAGUUAUUUGGUUUUUGCCAAAGCGAAAAGACUUCCAAAAAAUUUCAAAAAAUGUUUAUUAAAUAAUUUAUUAUUGCUAAAAUAAACAAUUAUAAAAAUUACAUAUAUGUACUAUAUUUUGAUUUGGCUUUGAGGUAAUCGAUUGGAUAUCGUUGUGCCAGAUUAAUAAAGAAAAUUUUAACUUAAAAAAUUGAGCAUUAUUAAUUAAUUGCGAUCUACAAUAAUCUAUGACUAAAGUAGUAUCAUUAUUUUUAAUCAACAAUUCUAUUGAGCAUGCUCUAAACUGACUUCAAAAACUGGAGCACAUUUCAAAACUAUCUCCGCGGCAUCUUGUCUAUCUAACUCAUGCAAACUCGUUAUGAGGGCACCUAAAGAUUUAUCUCUAAUAUUAACCCAUUAAAACAAAUCAAAAUCCUCUUUACCUAUGGUACAUUCAGCGCUCGUAAGCAACCUCAUAGUAUGACUAGAAUGCUGUGAAGCCAAAGCGGCGAUUUUUUUCUGGCAAAGCCCUAACCGAAGAGCUAAAAGGCACCAAUCCCGUCCAUGAGGCUCAGGAGGGUCCAAAAACCCACACAAACGUAAUUUAACUGGACCUGGGAGCUGUUGCACUUUAAGAGCGCAACCCCAUUGGAUGUUUGGAGCUAAAUCCAUAUCAUCUA